AUGGUCUCUGGUUUUGAAGGAGCUUGGAAGGCUGUGAACCCUCACAUCCCACUGAUCAAGUUUCGGAAAGGAGGAUUAACAGAAUUUGUUCGUGGUUCACCUCGACCUCUAGCUGCUACUGGCCCUGUUACCGCAGGAUCCACCUCACCUACCCGUUCUUCAGUUGUGCUAGAAGAGUGGCAGGUGCCACAAAAAUAUCGUAGAGAGCGAAUUACCGAUGAAGAAAUAGAGUAUAUAAAUAGAGGCGGCCCCGCAUAAUAGAGAUGAAAGUUUGUUUAUAAUAUUUUUUUCUGUAUAUACUGAUUGCAGUUGUAAUGUUAAGUAUUGCCUUGUUAUCCUUUUAUCCUAAGAGUAUUGAAAUAAAUUAAUGUAUGCUC